UAUACAGCUACGCGACGUAGGCGGAACAGGAAGUGGUUGCAGGCAACAUGGCGGAUCCUGGGGCCAAUGCACCGACAUCGGAGGAUGCGGGGCUUACCGCUGCGUCCGCCUCUGACGCUGUAGCAGUGGAGCAGCUGGAGAAAGCGGAGGAUGGGGAGAGCGAGGUGAAAGCAUCUGGAAGUCCUGCUGUACCACUGACGGGAGAAACGUCAGAUUUACUCAGUGCUAAAAAAGUGAAGGUGGAAGUAAAGGAGAAAAGAGAAAAGAAGCAGAAAGUAGAUGAAGAUGAAAUUCAGAAAAUGCAAAUUUUGGUGUCUUCCUUCUCAGAAGAACAGCUGAAUCGCUAUGAGAUGUACAGACGGUCUGCAUUCCCUAAAGCGGCCAUUAAACGGCUGAUUCAGUCCAUAACAGGCUGCUCAGUGUCCCAGAAUGUUGUCAUUGCCAUGUCCGGAAUUGCUAAGGUGUUCGUAGGAGAGGUUGUAGAGGAAGCUCUGGACGUUUGUGAAAAGUGGGGGGAAAACCCUCCACUGCAGCCGCGGCACAUGAGGGAAGCACUCAGGCGGUUAAAAUCCAGGGGACAGAUUCCAAACUCCAAACAUAAGAAGAUCGUGUUCAGCUGAUAUUAUUGUACAUACAGUAUAAAGCCAGUCUCUGCCGUGCCAUGGUGAAGGAAGCCUGCUGGAGCCUUAUAGGCCCUACACAUUAGGUGAUUUCACUAAACGAUAUGAAAGUUCUCGUUCAUUAAUGAUUAACGAUGCGCGGCCCCAUGCUCGUUCAUCGUUGGUGCCGGGUCGCUUACACAUGCAGGCCAAUCUGGUCCAUAUAGCUUGCAGUGCUAUGGGCCGCGUGUCGCCUAAUGUGUAGGGCCCAUUACAGUCUGUAGUGAAAUGACAUUCAGGGUAACACAAUAGAAUACUGGUAAUCUGUGAUGUUCCUUUCAUAAUAAGAAAUAGAUAAUUAGGGAAGAUAUGGGAAUACAUAUCUCUGAUUCUCAUUGUUUCCACUCUAAGUAGGUUGCCAUAUCGUUUAUUUGCUCUAGUUACCAUUUGUAGUAACUGCUGUAUGACCAGUAAUCCAUACUCUUGUUUCAUUAACCUUGUAAGUGGGGGGACAGACAGCCUGUUGCUGAAUUACAUUCAUAAUGCACAGCCAGCCAAUUUGACUGUUCAGAAUUAGUAGAGACCUUACUAAUUACUGUACUUUAGGAAUAAGCAGUGUGCAAUGUGUAUAUUGGUAUCUGGUUUUAUCCGGGAGUUGUUGCACUGGUUUAUUUAUAUUGAUGAAAUAAAUCCUGUUUUAUGAAAA